UGUGCCCAGGGAUCCACACUGCUCCAGACAGGGCACCUGAAGGAAGUGGUGCCUGGUGGGGCAGACACCAGGGAAUGGCUGUCCAUGAACGGCUGUGGAAGAGCCACAAUGGCUUAAUAAUUCAAACAUCUCUCCACUUCUUUGGCUGCAGGAGCCAAGGCAGAGCACUGGUGAGAAGGUGGGAUGGGCCGGGAAGGGCAGAGAGCAGCAGGCUGCCGACUGGCAGCAGGACAGGGUAUCCCUGGAAAGCCUGGCCCUUGCCGGAGGGUGUGUCCUCAAGGCCAGAGGAUGGGAAUCCUCUUCCCUCUGCCUUUUCCCCUUUAACCACACUUCCGUGUGUAACUUGAGACAAGCAGGGGAAGAAAAAAGAGGAAGGAAAAAAAAGAAAAAGGGAAAAAUAGCGCAGUAAUUCCCGCCUCUGCCUCCUCCUCUCUCUCCUCCCCGGCCAGGCAGGAGCCACGUCACCGUCACCCAGCGCUGCCUUCGGGGCUGCUCAGCCCGGAGAGCUCUCCGGGACACCAACUCCAACUUUCCGCCCAAAGCAGGGAGAGGAAGGCCCUGGGCUGCGAGAGGGAGAAUCCACCUCGGUGGAAAAGUAAACAAGGGAGACAUCCAGCCUGGCAGGGGAAAGGCAUCUGCAGCCACGGGGCAGGGGAGACUGAACUUUGCGCUGCGAGAAGGAAGAGCUCCGUGCUCAGGGAAAAAGGAAAGUUGAGCCGAAGGCGACCGUUCAUUCAGCCGAGGCUCGGUGGAGAAAAACUUCCCUCCCUCGCCCUCCCUGCCUGCAGAAAGAGCCCCGCUCCCUCCAGCCCAGAGGAGCCCCCGGCACCAUGAACAUCUUCCGCAUCCUGGGGGAUGUCUCCCACUUGCUGGCCAUCAUUAUUCUCCUGCUGAAGAUCGUGAAGUCCAAGUCCUGUGCUGGAAUCUCUGGGAAGAGCCAGAUACUUUUUGCCCUCGUCUUCACAACCCGCUACCUGGACCUGUUCACGAAUUUCAUCUCUGUCUAUAACACUGUGAUGAAGGUCAUCUUUUUGAUUUGUGCCUACGUCACCGUGUAUAUGAUCUACGUGAAAUUCCGGAAGACGUUUGACAGUGAGAAUGACUCCUUUCGCCUCGAGUUCCUGCUGGUCCCUGUCACAGGCCUGUCAUUUCUGGAGAACCACAGCUUCACCCCCUUGGAGAUACUCUGGACCUUCUCCAUCUACCUGGAGUCCGUGGCUAUCCUUCCUCAGCUCUUCAUGAUCAGCAAGACAGGGGAAGCAGAGACCAUCACGACACACUACCUUUUCUUCCUGGGCCUCUACCGUGCCCUCUACAUCGCCAACUGGGUCUGGCGCUACCACACAGAGAAUUUCUACGACCAGAUCGCCGUCGUUUCCGGGGUGGUGCAAACCAUCUUCUACUGCGACUUCUUCUAUCUCUACGUCACCAAAGUCCUAAAAGGAAAGAAGCUAAGUCUUCCCAUGCCUGUUUGAAGACAUCCCACAGGCAGCGCAAGGAAUUCCAAAGACGAAGCUGUUUAAGAUCACAGCUUUCCUUCCCUGACCCCUUUUGACUAAAGGAUGGCUCAGCUGAGUUUCAACCCAGUGCCAGGAAGACAGGGCUUGGAAUGCUUUUCAUCCAUCAGACUCUUCCCCUGAAUUUUUUUAUUUCUUCUCACUUGAAUUUGGUGCUAGUGCUGGCCAAUACUGAAGUAGUGCAAUUUCUUCUCUCCCAGCUCUUCCCAGCAUCUACAUUCAAAACACACCUCCACUCUGACCCUGAGGCAGCACAAGGGAAAAUGUCACUCCCACUAGUCCUUCAGCAAGUGCCCACGGUAAAGGGAACAUGUAACACCCUUUAUUGAAGCCUGUUAACUUAACUGACCCAUUUCACAGGUGGCCAUGUCUGACACAGCAGAUGCUACAAACUCUUACUUUAACUCUGUAUGAACUAACACCCUCUUGAAAAUUAAUUCUGCCUGACCCUCUCUCUAUUCAGGCCCUGUAACAUUCAAGAAAAACACACUGCCUUUGAAUAACAUGAAUCUUCUAAUUCCACAAGUAUUCAUACAUCCUCCCCGCUCACUUAUUUUCAGUUUCCUUAUGUUCUACAAAUAGGGACAAUCUCAAUUACAAUUAAGGCGAUUGCCAAGUGUUUCCACCUCCCUGAAUUUGACUUCUAAGAACUGGGAAGAAUAGGGCAAAGACAG